AAGGGGAAGGGCACGUAUUGCUGGCCGCAUACAGCACAUUACCAUCAACACAAAGCCAAACACACCCUGGCCCAAACCAGUUGUCAUUUGCCUCCUACCUGUAUAAUGACAAGCACUGAUCGGAAAUAAUACUAGCCGAUCUAAUUCAUCAUUGGCAGGGAAAAUCUCAUUCAAAGAAUCCAAGGUGGACAAAGAUGACGUGGUCACGAAAUGUCUUGGCAGCUGUUCUCAUACUGGGGUGCACCACUUAUGUGUACUUUCUUUACAUUCAACCCUCCGUGCACAACUGCUCAUCGGACGGACGUCUAUUUGCACACUACACCAGUGUAGUGAGAGAACAGACUCCUAAGAAGCCCCUGCUGUUAAUCUGGGCCAUACCUUUGAAUAUCAAAUUUGACUUCAAUGAUUGCAAGAAAUAUUAUAAUAUCUCAAGCUGUGAUCUGACAUACAACAGAUCCUUAUACCAGCAGGCGGACGCGGUCAUGUUCUAUCAGAAGAAUAUACGCAGUGUGGCCCACAUGCCACAAGAAUCCCGCCCACAACGACAGAAGUGGAUCUGGUACAACGUGGAGUCGCCAUCAAACACACUCAAGCUCCCAGGAAUAAAUAAUAUAUUCAACCUGACGUUGAGUUAUAGAAGAGAUGCUGACAUCAUUGCGCGGUAUGACGUUGUGAUAAAGGAUGAACCAGAUGACCACUUUGUUUUGCCCAAGAAGGACAGACUGGUGUGCUGGAUGGUUAGUAACAUGUGGACUGCUGGUUCGAGGGUCAGAACAGCAUACUACAAAGAGCUCACCAAGCAUAUCAAAGUGGAUGUCUUUGGUCUUGGGUUUUCUGUGCCACUGCCAGCGGAACGUUAUUACCCGAUGAUGCAGAGUUGCAAGUUUUACUUGGCUUUUGAGAACUCUGCCCACAAAGACUACAUAACAGAGAAGAUGAACGGACCCUUGUCUUCGGGAACUGUGCCAAUCGUUUUGGGGAUGCCUAGAGACAAUUAUGAAGAGUUCAUGCCGGGUGAUUCUUUCAUUCAUGUCAAUGACUUUCCCGAUGCCAAGGCGAUGGCCCAAUACCUGCUCGAGUUGGACAAGAACGACGAUAAGUACAUGAAGUACUUUGCUUGGAGGCGGUUUUACACCGCCACGCCGCAUCUUCUGACCACUAAAAACGAGUUCACGCAACCCACCUGCUUGGCCUGUAACCACAUAUCGAGGGAUAAUCGAUAUAGCGUUGUUCAUAAUCUGUAUGGGUGGUACCAUUCAAGCAGAUGAUUGCUUCAUGUAGGGCAGAGGUCUUCAACAGGGGGCCCAAGUUCUUGUAUCUCUUCUAAUGUAUACCUAUUUUCCUCCCUAAAACCUUUCCCAUUCUCUUGAUAGCUCACUCUCACAAUUUAUUUGGAACAAAAGCACCCCUAGGAUCAAAAAUGAAAUUCUACAAAAACCUAAACAGUUUGGCAGCCUAGCUCUCCCUAACUUUUUGCUUUACUAUUGGGCUGCAAACAUUAGAACAAUAUUGUAUUGGUGUAGCACCAACAGCCAACCUCCAUCAUGGCUGCAGGUUGAGGAAGCCUCAUGUGGUCCCUCUUCUCUGAUGUUGCUGUUGUUCCUCCCCCCGACUUCGUCGCCAACCACGCACACCAGUAGUGUUGUAGUGAAGAACUGCCUUAAAAUCUGGAAUCCGUUUGGGCGGCACUUUGGGCUACAGAUGGUACCUGUCUCGGCCCCAGUACAUUCUAACCCUCUGUUCACUCCUUCAGCUAUUGACAAGGAUUUUUGAUUUGGAAAGACCUAGGGAUUGAUUCAAUAAAACUGCUUUACAUUAGUGGCAUAUUUGCUUCCUUCGACCAGCUAACUCAGACCUUCAAUUUGAGGCCCACUCAUUUCUUUAGAUAGUUGCAAGUCAAGAGAUUUUGUUCGUAAUCAUUUUCCUGGCUUCCCUGCCCUCCGUCCCCCCACUCUUGUUGAUACAAUAUUUGAUGUUGUUAACCCCAAUCUCAAAGGUACCAUUACAAUACUGUACAAUACUCUUCUCAAAAGUCAGACGACAACCGCUGAUGCUUUGCGCAAUGCUUGGUCUGCGGAGCUUGGGGAAGAUAUAGGUCCAGUCGCAUGGGAGCAUGCCAUGAGGUGGGUCAACUCAUCGUCUAUCUGUGCUCGUCUUGGGGUUUUACAGUGCAAAGUGGUUCACAGAGUUCACUGGUCUAAAAGUAAGCUUGCUCAUAUCUACCCUGACAUUGAUCCAAAAUGUGACAAAUGUCGGCAACGACCAGCCAAUCUCAGUCACAUGUUCUGGUCUUGCCCCACCCAUGCUCCUUUCUGGACUUGCGUCUUUGACUCCCUCUCAGACAUCACAUCUGCCAACAUCCAACCCUCACCAUUACUCGCCCUGUUUGGUGUCUGUCCCAUUGGCCUCUCACUGCCCUCCUAUUUUGCUGAGCUUGUUGCCUUUCUCGCAAUGCUGGCAAGGCGUGCAAUUCUGUUGCAUUGGAAAAACCCUUUUCCCCCAACUCACUCUCAAUGGAUAAAGGAUGCCCUUCAUUUCGAACGAUUAGAGAAAAUUAAACACACUUGAUUCUCAGAACGCAAAUUCCAUAAAAUCUGGCAACCUUUCCUGGGUCAUGUCAGAUCUCUCCACAUAGACAUUGACCCUGAUGUCUAGACAACCUAGUUAUACACCACCCCCCCAAUAGGCAGUAGUUUGCAGCACAUUUAUUUUUAUAUUUCUUUUAUUAUUAUUAUUAUAUUUUGUUUUUUUACUGAUAUUAUUUUUUUUCAUUUUAGUGCUGUUAGUGUUAUUUUAUUUUGUGUCUUUGUAACCAAAUGAGCAUGCAUGACUUGUAUACGUAUCUUUUUGUAUAUGUUAAGGCAUGCAUGGCCGAUUCACUACCAUUAAUACCUGUAUCAAAGCCCAUUAUACCAUAUUUCAU